AUGCUCGGCCAGACUCAAAGACCCGCCGUGCGCGUCAUCAGCCGAGUCCGCUGCCGGGUCAAACCUCGUGUCUACAAUGCUCGUUUCCAGUCCACCUCGUCAGGCGCGGCUUCUUCCGGUACCAAUUCCGCCUUGAUUGGCGGUCUUGCUGGUGGCGCUUUUGCUGCCGCAGCCGGAUACACCUGGUACUCCUUCUCCGGUGCAAAGACACUGGUCGACACCAACAAGCAAGCCAAGCAAUACCUUGAACAAGCGAAGCAGAAGAUCUCCGAGAACGCACCCGAAGCCAGCGAAUCGUAUGCCUGGUUCAAGAAGACCGUGACCCGCUACGCCGUGUUCAUCCCCGGCGCUCGCGAAUAUGUCGAUACCGCGUUCAAGGAUCUGGAAAAGAUCAAGGAGCACCAUGGCGAGGAGUUCGACAAGAUUACCCAGGAUGCAUAUAAGGAGUUGAGCGAUGUAUCGAAGAAGGGCGGUUUCGAUACCAAUACGGCUUUCGAGGCAUUCUACGUUUUGCAGAAGCACCUCGAUCGUCUGCUCGAUCUGGCUGGAGAUGUUGGCGAGGAUAUUCUGGAUAACCAUCCCAAGGUCAAGGAGAAGCUGGGCGGUAGCUUCGACCAGCUGAAACAGAUGGGCGAUGCGUAUGGACCUAAGGCCAAGGAGGAGGUGAACAAGACAUGGAGUCAGGUCUCGGACAUUGUGAAGCGCGGCGCAAGCCUAGAUGCGGUCGCGGAGAUCAAGAAGUUGAUCGAUGAAAAGAAGGAGAAGCUUCAAAAGCUAGGCGACGAGGCCUGGCAGAAGGGUCUUGACGAGUCUCACCAAUUCCUGGAGAAGAACCCCAAGCUGAAGUCGCUGGUCGAGGAGAAUGCCGACGCGCUUAAGAAGGGCAAUUUCCAGGAUUUGUGGGGUAUGCUGAAGGACAGCGCUUCUUCGGGCAAUACCGAGGCUGUGGAGAAUUAUGUCAAGGAGAAGGUCGAUCAAGUGAAGAGCAGUGGGUUUGGCGAUCUGGAUAAGUGGUUGAAGGCGAUUCCCGGCGGUUCCAACAUUAUCCCCCAAUUGCAGACACUACAAAGUGUUGCACAAAAGAAGGGAGGCGAGGCUGAGAAGGUGCUUAAGGAGACAUUUGAGGAGAUUCAAGAAGUCUUGAAGAAGAGAAAGGAGCAGGUCGAGAAGAUCGCCGAAGAUGCGAAGAAAGAGGCCAAAUAA